UUUCGUUCAAGUGUAGAAAAACGAUUCCACGUUAAAGCAAAUCGUGACUUAUCUCUGAUUCUUUAUGCUGUAUGUCUACUUAAAAAUAAUCGAAUUAAGGGUUAUUUAGGUAUUUAACUGAACAAAUACAAGUUUUUGUUUGCAGUUAAAAAUAUAGAUGUACGAAUAAAUUUAUUUAAAUAAUUAAUCUAAUGUAGAUAUUUGAAGUAAGUAAAAUAUCACACAAGGAAGGGCAGAAUUACUCUCAAUCGUUGAAUCUAGUGUGGACAAAUAGCACAGUUGCACCGUUGAUUGAGAGGUUUACGGUGAUAAUUAUUGCAAAAAAUGAUAGUGGGGAGCGUAAUCAGCUGAUUUGAUAUGCGUGAGUACGCAAUAAAUAAAGCAGACUGCUCCGAGAGGACUUUACUCUGUUGAAAAUGGCGAGACAGUGGCUUCUUCUGUUUCUCUUCGGAUGCCUUACCCUUGGCUGGGCUUUGGAGGAUGCACCGAGGGUCAAAACUCCUUUGGGCAGUGUCCGAGGCUACUACAAACUCUCUGCCAACGGAAGACAGUAUGAAGCUUACGAGGGAAUUCCUUACGCGUUGCCGCCGAUCGGAAAACUUCGAUUCAAACCCCCUCACCGGCUACCGCCAUGGAUAGGUGAAAUUCAGGCAACGAAAUUCGGUUCUCAGUGCUUGCAAUACGCUGAUCUACCUGACAAUGUAACUGAAAAAGUAUUAGGUUCUGAAGACUGUCUAUAUCUAAACAUAUAUGUACCGGUUCACGACAAAAUGACUACCAAGCCAUUGCCGGUUCUGUUUUGGAUUCAUGGAGGAGGCUUCACAUUUGGUAGUGGAAUGGACUAUGGUCCUAAAUUCCUUAUGGACCAUGAUGUAGUAUUUGUUACAUUUAAUUACCGCUUGGGAAUAUUAGGUUUCCUUAGUACAGAAGAUGAAAUAGUUCCUGGCAAUAUGGGACUGAAGGAUCAAAGCAUGGCUUUGAGGUGGGUUUCAGAAAAUAUUGAAUGGUUCGGUGGUGAUCCUAACAAGUUGACUUUAAGUGGUGUAAGUGCUGGUGGUGCAAGUGUUCAUUACCAUUAUUUAUCUCCCAUGAGUGCUGGUCUUUUCCAAGCUGGUAUCUCAGCCAGUGGUACAGCAUUUAACUGUUGGACACAAACUGAAAAUCCUUUAGAAAAAGCUAAGCAAUUAGCCACCCUUAUGGGUUGCCCCAUAGGUAAUAGGAAGGAAAUGGUACGCUGCUUGAGAUAUCGUCCAUCCCAGGCUCUAAUUGAAGCAACUCGUGAAUUUAUGAGGUUCUAUUACAAUCCAUUCACACCAUUCGGUCCAGUUGUUGAGAAAUUUGGAGAGGAACCAUUCAUUGAUCGCUCUCCUGUUGAAAUUGUCAGUAGUGGUAAUGUACAGGAUGUUCCUUGGAUUACUAGUGUGACCAGUGAAGAAGGAUUGUACCCAAUUGCAGAUUUUAUUGCUAUACCAGAAGCCCUGAGAAAAUUAGAUGAAAAUUGGGACCUCCUAGCUCCAAUUUUCCUUGAUUAUAAUUACACUUUGUCCAAGGAAAAGCAUGUUGAAGUUGCUAGACUCAUCAGACAACAUUAUCUCGGUACAAAAAAGAUAGAUGAGACAACAGCACAUGCUUUCAUAAAAAUGACUGGAGAUAGAUUAUUUGUUGUUGACAGUGAAAAAGCUGCCCGAUUGCAAGCUAAAGUUAAUAAACAACCUGUCUGGUAUUACUAUUAUUCCUACAGGGCUGCAACAAGUUUAAGUGAUUAUUUAAGUGGUACUAAGACUAACUAUGGUGUUAGCCAUGGAGAUGAUGUACUUACUAUUAUUGAUACUCCUUUCAUGGAUCCUACCACAACACAAAAUGAUCUUAAAAUGCAAGAUCUUUUAAUCAAUUCAUGGGUAUCAUAUGCAACUAAUCAUAUUCCAAACAUGGGUGAUGUGAACUGGCCUAGAAUAAAUCCUAAUGAGAAAUCACUCCAAUUUCUGCACAUCGCAGGACCAGAUAAAAUUAAUAUGGAUAGUGACGUUAACUUUGGAGACAAAGACUUCUGGAAUUCUAUAGAUUUUAAUGAAAAUAAAUUAAGCAAUACAGCCACUGUACAAAACUUAAAAGAAGAAUUAUGAAGUCCCUUUAAAUUGUUAUAAAAUUUUACAUUUGUUUUAUAAGUAAUAUUAAUUAAACUUCAAAGAAUUAUACAACUAUAAUAAAUGAAUUUUAUAUUGA